UCAGCCCCGGGCUCGGCGGUGGGGACGAGGAACGGCACCCAGCCCGGCUUCCGACGGCGCCUUCGGCCCUCCGGGGAGCAGAACCUGCGUGGUCCGAAGUGCCACCGAGGUGCCAGGCACAAGCCGAAGCCGUCACUGUAGGAUGCUGUGCGCAGCUUGGUUGAUUCCGACAUGCAUCGCCUUACAACUGACGUUCGGAAUUGGCUCCUGCCAGUACAAUCAUCAGCCACCAGAGCAGCUAGAAAAUAUAACGGACAUCCUGAAGAAUAUUCUAGAGGGAUACGACAUUCGGCUACGCCCAAAUUUCGGAGGAAAACCCUUGUUCAUUGGAAUGGACAUAAACAUUGCCAGUUUUGACAGCAUAUCAGAAGUCAACAUGGACUACACGAUAACCCUGUACCUGAACCAGUACUGGCGCGAUGAGCGGCUUACCUUCAGCAAGGAGAAGUACGAGUUGACGCUGUCUGGCGACUUCGCCGAGAAAAUUUGGGUGCCAGACACGUUCUUCGCCAACGACAAGAACUCCUUCCUCCACGACGUCACAGAGAAGAACAAGAUGGUGCGGCUUCAAUCAGACGGACACAUCACUUACGGCAUGAGGUUCACUACUACUUUGGCCUGCAUGAUGGACUUGCACUAUUAUCCACUGGACUCCCAAAACUGCACGGUUGAGAUCGAAAGCUAUGGAUACACUGUGUCGGACGUUGUAAUGUUCUGGAAAGAUCCAGAGCCCGUCGUCGGGGUUGAGCAGUCUGAACUUCCGCAAUUCUCUAUCAUAAGAUACGAGACAACUGAUCGAAAGGAGAAGCUUGCCACAGGAACAUAUCAACGAUUAUCGCUCAGUUUUGAGCUCAAGAGAAACAUUGGAUACUUCAUCUUCCAGACAUAUCUUCCAUCAAUAUUGAUCGUGAUGCUAUCAUGGGUGUCCUUUUGGAUCAACCAUGAAGCGACGUCCGCGAGGGUUGCUCUCGGCAUAACGACGGUGCUGACCAUGACCACCAUCAGCACGGGAGUGCGGUCCUCGCUGCCGAGGAUCUCGUACGUCAAGGCCAUCGACAUCUACCUGGUCAUGUGCUUCGUGUUCGUGUUCGCCGCACUGCUCGAGUACGCGGCCGUCAACUACACCUACUGGGGAGCGCGGGCCAAGAAGAAGACGAAGAAGAGCAAGGAUACCAAGAUUCCGCCACCACCCCACCACCCCAAUGCCCCACCGCAGGCGGAUACCCCUUAUCCGAACAACGAAGAGAUCAUCGAGCUGCACGACGUGCGGCUGUCCCCAAUCCCGUGCCUGCGCAACCGGCAUCGUCCCCUGUCGGCGCCCGGCAGCGAUAGCGAGCUUAAGUUCCCACCAUCGUUCCGCAUGACGGGCCGCUUCCCGUACAACUCCCGCACGUUGCCGGCAGGCGCUUGCUACCGAGGCGCCGGUCAUCGAGCAGGGGCGGACUACGGUGGCGGCGGCGGCUUCGCGCGGAGGCCGCGCGUCUUUCAGACGCUGCGACGGGGCGCAAGCGCCAUCAGGGCCUCCAUGCCGCGCAUCAAGGACGUCAACAAGAUCGACAAGUACUCGAGGGUCAUCUUCCCCAUCUCGUACCUCCUGUUCAACGCCGUCUACUGGUGUUUCUACCUCAUGUGACUUGGCACCUGCAGUCUCUGCUGCUGGGCCCCACGUACUGUGAGAAAAGGAGGGAAACACCUACCCGACAUUCGUCGAGGUCUCGCCGCUCUGGCGUCGAUGAAGUGGCGGAUACAUUUCGGUGACGGCUUAAGUGCGGUAAAUGUUACGUGCAAGCGAACGAAUCUCGCCGCACUUGAGACAACACUUGCACUAACGCAAGAACGCACCCAGAGAAGGGGUCCAAGUUCGGUCGACGAGAUUGCUACCUUUCAAAUGUAUUUUCUCCGUUGUAUUCUAUAGUACCGUUUGUAGUGGCUUCGAUAUGAUGAACGCCAAAUUUAUCACUAAUAUUCUGGUGUCCUCGCACGCAGCCAUUAUGAUAACGAGUUUUCAAGUACUUCUCGCGAACAUACACUCUUCUUGACACAAGACUGGUGAAACGGCUUGCUUCACACGCUUCAGUUUUACUGCAGGUAUACGAGAAGAGUGCAACGACCCAUAGCCAAACCAAGGCUAAGCCACGCGAGCGACGAAUGGAUACUGGUAGUGCUAAUACCAUGCGGUGUAAACUUCCUUCCGUAGACAACGAUUUCAACGGUUGGCUACCUUUCAGAAAAGGUUAACCGGUGAAUUGAACGAGCGUUGAGAGUCGGACGAAAUUACCACCUAGUAGUUGCAUAGCGCACAUGACACUUGUUUCGCGCCGCUCUUUUUUGACGGCCAGGAGUUCUUAGUGCAUCGGGCUUUAGCAGACACGGCUUCAUUAUAAGUGAGGCAUCCGUCUACACCGUAAUACCAAGAAAGGCUGGUGUACGUAUACGUACUUAGCAGUGGUUUACUUCUUCAGUAACGACCCGCACCAAUCGUGAGCAAUAACUGUUGAAGUUUUCAACUAAGACUGAGUACGCAAACACGGAGGUAGUGAUGGAAUAGAAUAUAUAUUUACUAAGAACUAUUUAUCAUUUUUUUCUUUAUUCGAGUGUCGUUCGUGUCGCUAUGUGAAACUUUGUUCCCAAAUGUGCAUAUUGGGGAGCGUGCAGCCGCACAACGUAAAAAAUGAGCCAAACGAGGAGGCUUUAGCGGCAAUAUCAAUGAUUCAGCGGAAACUUCGCCGAUUCACAUGUAGGCAGUGGGGACAUAUUCCCGCUUUGUCAGGACUCACUGCUUAAGUGAUAAAAAUUCAGUGAGGAGAUUUGUUCGCACAGGUUUUAUUUAUUGUUUGAGGUAAUUACAUUUACUCGAUGAAAUAACAAAUGUUCGGAGUUAUCGCUGAACUGUACAUAGACACUGCCUUGGCACGAAACGCUGGUAAAUACGGCUUGUGCUGCACUUUGCGAAAACUUUGCCGAAUUGCUUAAUCCGCUGUUUCACAUCUUUCUCCAGCGUAAGCAAAUGUACAUGAACGAAGGAAUUCUAUUAUUUAUCGGACUAAUUUCGUGCAUUGCAGGGAAAUCGAGGAGUUCCGUUGGCCAACCAGAACGAAGGGCCAAGACAAGGUUCCCUCCGUUGCACAUGGUACAAAAACAGCGCAAACUGCACGAUAACAGAGAAAGAGGUACAAACAGGACGAGCACUGCGUCAGGCUGUUUCCUCUUACUUUGUGUCGUGUACUUUGUGCCGUUUUCGUACCGUGUACGUCAUAUACCAACGAACCCAGGUUGCACUCCUACUGAACGUAAUUUCCUUCGUUGCCCGCCUCUGAUCACGAUGGUUGCGCGACUCCGAGUGAGUCGAAGCUUCACGAAAGUGUCAGUGGCGCACAAUAGGCGAGUCGUCCUCCCUUCCCUCAAACACGCAGCCUGAUGUCGUUACUGAUUGGUCGACACAAUCCCCAACUUCCAGUGCACUGCGCGGAUUAGGUGAGACGAAGUACAGUGUAGUAACUACAUUACUUUUUCAUUUAUUACAUAUGUUAUCCAGUGCGAGUAUACCGCUACAGAUCACCCAAACUUGAGAGAAUCACAACAUUCAUAUACAGUUGUAAUAAAAACAGGCUAACGUUUUUUGCGUUACUCAACUCAGCGGGAAAGAAAUGCUUCUUAUUUCACAGACAGCGGGAGAGGUCACUGGAUAUGCGUCCCCAAUGGCGACGAAAUAGAUCCAAAUGAUACCGAGCACUUUUUGACGAGAAUAAUAGCAGGGUAUUAUGAAAUGUUGACGGCCAGCUUUAGGUCUUCCAUUUAUUAGUCAUAUAAGCGAAGCGAAGUGUCCCCUUCUGUGUAGUAGUCUCAUCGCGCGUCAUAGCCAAAGAAACCAAAAGUAUUUGGUUCAUUGCGGUCAGGUUAAGCAGCAGUUCUUGGCACAGGUUCAAUGAAAAUAGUCAUCCGGGUAAGGAAAGCUAAAAUGUGUAAAAGCAAAGAAGUUAAUUCGUAAUCUUUUAACCAUUUUUACAGCCAUUCUCACUAAGUAAACUUAAGAAGUGGCAAAUUAAAUGCGCCAGCGUCAACGCGGUAUGAAAAAAAAAAACGAGCACACAAACAUGUAAAUAAGUGAUACAUUGAUAAAACUGCAGCGCUGUCCGGCGAUAUACGAGAAAAAUCGACCAGACUUGAUUAAACAACCGCAAGCUGUUCGGUCACUUAGCCUUGACUGCGCUGAAAUAAUCAUGGUAACUUUCCACCUUCAGGGGUACUACUUGCAUACGUCGGUCUAGAGGCUUGUCUCUGAAGCGGAGUAGUAAGACAGCCUUCUGGACUUUCAACCGUUAGACAACGAUAGCUUCUGGCGCCUUCGGGACUUCACGCGGCUGUAACGACGUGUACAAGUCUUCCUUCUUUAGUGUCGCUACGAUAGAUUACUUCGUUAGUUUUCAAACUCCGCUAUAGAGCCGUCGCGGCAACAUUAUCCCUUUGCUUUGCAUUCACUGAGGACGCGUCAAGCAGUGUCCGUAGAGCUCCGCCGCUCGGUUAAGAAGCAGUUGUAGUGCACCUUGACCUCCGAUAGAGAGCGGCACGUUACCGAUCUCGAAGGCCAAGUGUAUACCGCCUAGCCUGCGACAUAAAAACGGCAAACGCCAUGGCACAAGCAUGUUGCACAUGACUAGUUUUCUAUCACGUGGCGGCACGCGUAGUGGAUUUCACUAAAACUUAGUUUUGCCCGACGGGUGCUUGCGGUGAUGAAAGUAAGUCACGCGUGGCGGCGGCGGUUGAGAAAUUGACGCCAUUACCAAGGAGCGCCGUUUUUGUACUUUUUCUGCCCGCCCGCAGGAAUGGCAAGCUGUCUGAUGACUGCCGCGUAAAGCCACACUUUGCUAACUGCCUGAUGCCGGUUUUUCAGGCAGUGUUCGUAGUGCGUCACAUUUUCUCGCAGAUUUCAUCUCACCAUUUCCAUGCAGCGCUGUGUAGUCUGGAGCUGGCGGGCUGGUACCAGUUCAUCGAGGGUCGAGCUCCCAAUGCUGCUUAAAAUUAACAACCGUUCGUGACUAGUCUGAAUAUUGGCUAUCAUCUCUUGGAUUAUGGCACUUUUUAUCUGUGCGCAUUGGUGCAUUUUGUUGAAUAGUUAGCGGGCCAUGAAGCCCAAGCAGGGCUACCUUACAAUAAUUAACAGAAACUAAACUGAAACAUGUAAUAUUUGUACAGAAUCAUCUACAGAAGCUUUUUUACAUCGUGAGUUAUCUAUGAACUAUGUUUAGUUUAUAGGCUAUCCACAAACUGCAGUAGGGGAUACUUUCAUCGGCUAUCUAGUUAUGUGUAGCCUAUAAAGUCUAUAGAUAUUCCGCAUAAACUAAGAGUCCAUAAAAGUCCCUCAAUAUGUGUACAUGUCUUGUUGGCAGUCUAUCGGUUUGUUACCCUGCGCGUUUUAUAAACAUUUCUAAAAUAUGUAUUUCACGCUUGUAUAUCUACGGCGGUAAAUCUACAGAAAAGCAAAACAAUUUAUAAGAUAUUUACAGACGUUCUAAGGACUGUCUAAAUAUAUGUAUGUGCUGAGAGACGUUGUCAAAAAAAAAAAAAAGAGACAACCAAUCAGAGCGGUGAGCAGUGUCAUCUUCCAACUGCUGUCCUUGACCCUCAGCACUGCCUUGAGUGUCUAGCAAAGCAUUCCUCGCGGAAGAUCAUGAACUGUCCUUAAUUCUGGACAUGCGGCAUUGUAAGCCCUUCUCCUGAUUAGCUGACGUGAAAUACGGCUUCCAAAACGGCACACAACCUUUCUCACUUAGCAAAUUUCAAAUUCAGUAUAAUAAACAGACCAACGCUAAUCUAGCACAGUUGUUACCAAAGAAGUGAGAAAUCACCAGUCUUGAAAAUAAAGUUCGAAGCUGCUGCAGGUUUCAGCAGGUAUAACUUCAAUGUCAUCUUUGUAUGUCGUCAUGCUAUCGUUCUAGCCACCCGUAUAUUUUUUUUGUCUCACCUUGCCUUCUAAGAGGGUCGUUGACAGGUUUGGAAAGAGCGCUGACCUAUGCGAACAAAAUAAAUAAGAGGCAAGAGAGUGUUCAGACGAAACUUUUAGGCUAGUUUUUUUUUUCUAUGCAGCUCAUUUUCCAACUGCUGUUUGUAAAUGUUUUCAGCCCAUAGCUUCCACAAACAACAUUGUUCUCAUCUCUCAAGAUAUAUAUAUAUAUAUAUAUAUAUAUAUAUAUGAAAAUGCAGAAGUCAUGUUAAUGCUUGUGGGUGGAAAAAACAAGGUAUUUCCCACGAAUCAUGAUUAUUUUUGUUUUUUUUCUCUCUCUCUUUGUCAAUGACAUAGUAUGAGAGCACAGUAGGCGCCUGUUCACAAACAUGAUGGUUUUCUUUACAAAAGUGUCAUGAACUAAUAAAGAUGAUUUAUAUUUCGCCACA